ACUCCUCCCUCUAGUCCUACAAAAUCCCGACCAGGCCUCGUCUCCCCUAAGAAGCUGCCACGGAUCCCUGCCACACCACACCGCCCCAGCUCCGACAUCUUCUGGAGCCGAGAAUUUGUUGAUGAAUGGAACGACGAGCACUCGCCGCGAAAGCAACUGUUCCCCGAUGCUGCUGCAGCCAAGAAGAAGCGAGUGAAUCAGAGCAGCCCCGAAAAGAUGUCAGGAAAGAGUGUAUGUGGCGAGAGAGUACCAGGCCGCGGCGCGGAGAAGAAGGCCUUCGAGAAAGCAAGACAAGACCUGGCCGACAAGUUCCUCAAGGAACUUGACGCGGUGAUCACUAACGGCAGAUUGGCCGAGUUGACUGCCCCAACAGGGGGCAUCCGGAUAUUCUGGUCGAAUAAGCUGAACAAAACCGCCGGCCGUGCCCACUGGAAGUGCGAGCGGGUCCGGUCUGCUGUCCCAGGAGAAGACAAGGUCAUACAUCACGCUUCGAUUGAGCUCGCCGAGAAGAUAAUCGACGACGAGCACCGCCUUCUCAACACGCUCGCUCACGAAUUCUGUCACCUCGCCAACUAUAUGAUCAGCGGCAUCACCACUAACCCCCAUGGGCAAGAGUUCAAGGCUUGGGGGGAAAAGUGCUCCCAGGCCUUCGGGAACAGGGGCGUUGUGGUCACGACCAAGCACUCGUACGACAUUGCCUUCAAGUUUGUGUGGGAAUGCGUCGGGUGUGGCAUCGAAUACAAACGGCACUCCAAGAGUGUCGACCCGGCCCGGCACCGGUGCUCGCAAUGCCAGAGCGAGUUGAAGCAGACAAAGCCCGUGCCGAGACGGAAGAAGGAGGAUGGGUCCCCUGCGAAACAGAGCGAAUGGCAGAUUUUUAUGAAGGAGCAGAUGCCGCUCAUCAGGGCCGAGAACCCCAAAAUGCCGCUGAAGGACAUUAUGAGGAUUGUGGCAGCCCGAUGG